GAAGUUUGAUUUUUUCACUUGAUGUUGAUGUUUCAUAGUGACAGAAAUGCUCUUCUAUUCUACAUAAAUACCUGACCAUGCUAGCCAAUGUAAUUUAGAACAAUUAACAAAAGAUCCUUAUUGAACUAUCCAAAUCAUGUCAUCUUUCUUAAUACCAUUCAAAGUCAUGUUCUUCCUCAUACUUGUCCUACUUCACUCUUCCUCUGUCUUUGCUUCUUCAUCCUCCAUUGCUGCACUUAAAAGAGGUAAAGAAGCGGAAGCUCUUCUAAAAUGGAAAGCAAGCCUUGACAACAACACCCAAACUUUGCUCUCUUCUUUGUGGGUUGGAGAUGGCCAUUGUAGCUGGGGUGGAAUUACCUGCGACAAGGCUGAAAGCAUCACCAAUCUGAGCCUUCCAGAUUAUGGGUUGAGAGGUACACUUCAUAGUCUUAACUUUCUUUUCUUCCCUAGCCUGAUGGGGCUUAACCUUCAUAACAACUCACUGUAUGGGCCCAUUCCCUCACACAUUGGCAACCUUUCCAAGCUCACCUUCCUUAAAUUGUCAAACAAUAACUUUUCGGGGAAUAUUCCAUCCGAAAUUUGCUUAUUGAAAGGUCUUGAGUUGAUUUCCUUAGCAAGUAAUGAGAUCAGUGGUUCCAUUCCAUUAGAGAUGGGGAGGCUGAGUUCAGAAACUUGA